AUCAGUAGUUUUGCAAUGUGUUAUGUAUUUACAUAUUGCGAAACGAAAACAAUAUUUCCAAACGGUAAUAAUUUCUAAGAGAGUGUAACGAAAAACGUUCGCUCAUGAUUUUGACCGUGAGCAGUUUGUUGAUGAUGUUUUCCAAUCUCAUGCAACAAACAAAAAGGUUCAUACAAGAAAAAUAUCUGAAAAAUGACAGUAGUAAUGCGCCAAUGAAUACGAAUGUCUGCGAGGCCACGGAUGAACAGCUUGAUGAAAAAACAAAAGAUAUGAAGGAACAAAUUUACGAUAUUAUCAGAACAAUCAAGGAUCCGGAGAAACCAGCAACUCUGGAGGAUCUCAAUGUUGUCUAUGAAAAUGGAGUAGAAGUAAUUACCAGAAAAGACUUGAAAUUAUACACUGUCAGAAUUGAAUUUAAUCCUACAGUACCACACUGCAGUUUAGCUACUUUAAUUGGGCUUAGUAUAAGGAUAAAAGUUGUACGAUCUAUUUUGGAAAAUGUUAAAUUAGAUAUAUUCAUCAAAGAAGGUGCACAUACUACUGAAGAAGAAAUUAACAAACAAAUAAAUGACAAAGAACGUGUAGCAGCUGCAAUGGAAAACCCAAGUUUAAGAAUUAUAGUUGAAAAAUGUAUCAAAGAAGAAGAAUGAAAAUAGAAGACUGGGAUACAUUUUAUAAAAAUAACUUUUAAUUAUGACUUGUUUAAAAGAUAUAUCGAGUUCGUAUUUAUUUUAUAAUUAUAUUAUAAAACACAUCAUAAUAUUUUAUAUUUAUAAAAAUAAUUUCUUGAAAACACCAAUUUAAAAGUAUUUGUAAUAAUAGAUUACAUAAAAGGUACGAUUGAUUUCCCAAUCAAAAUCAUUUAAA